AUGGCAUCGGAGUUUGGUAAUCCGCUAAAAAAGUUUAAGUUAGUGUUCUUAGGGGAACAGAGUGUCGGGAAAACAUCUUUAAUCACUCGAUUCAUGUACGACUCGUUUGAUAACACCUACCAGGCAACCAUUGGUAUUGACUUCUUGAGCAAAACUAUGUAUCUGGAAGAUAGAACGGUUCGCCUUCAACUUUGGGAUACCGCUGGACAGGAGCGUUUUAGGUCUCUUAUCCCUUCCUACAUUCGCGAUUCUACUGUUGCCGUGGUCGUGUACGACAUCACCAAUGCAAACUCAUUUCAUCAAACAUCAAAGUGGAUAGACGAUGUUCGAACAGAAAGGGGCAGCGAUGUAAUUAUCAUGCUUGUUGGCAAUAAAACUGACCUAGGUGACAAGAGACAAGUAUCAAGUGAAGAAGGGCAGCGUAAAGCUAAUGAACUCAACGUUAUGUUCAUUGAAACAUCGGCCAAGGCCGGUUACAACGUCAAACAGCUCUUCCGUCGCAUCGCAGGAGCUUUGCCAGGAAUUGUGAAGGAUGACGAUCGCAUUGACAACACAACAAUCGUGAACAUGGAUCCAAUCAAACAGCGUCAAAUUGUUACUGAAGAGGGUUCGUGCUGGUGCUGA